UCUCAGUGCCUCAUCCCCUCCCCCUCCCGAAGCCCCGUUCCCCCACAAUGACCGGGCAGACUUUCGGCCUGUUGUCGGUUGCGGUCUUCGCCCUGGCCUCGGCCAUGGGCGUCGCCUCGGCCACCUCGGCCACGCUCCCCCUUACCCCGACGGCCCCCUCCCUCCCUGCGGUCCUGGACCUUCUGCGUGACUGCCACAACGGCGGCCGCCUGGCUGUCUACAACAACAGCCUCACCUGCAACCUCCCCACCGAUGCGGUCUGCCUGCCGACCACCGUGUCCAUCGGCCUGUCCUCGGCUCCGGUUGAUGUUGACAUGGAGCUCUGUUUCGGCGCUGGCUUUGCUUCGCCGAUCCCCGGGUGCUCGGCCUACAGUGUUGACCUGACCUCGGACCGUCUGAUGGAGGGCAAGACCCCGCUUCCCCGCUGCAGUGCCUGCAAGACCGGCUUCAGCCUGGUCGGCGACGCGGUCUGUGUCCCGACCAGCAUCCCGUCGAUUCCACCUGUCCUGCCGCCUUUCAUUCGGCGCCCGCGCAUGGCUGAGCCGGCCACCUUUGAUGCUUACAUGAUGGAGAGUCUCCCGGACUCCGGUUCCACCCCCGGCUCCGGUUCCACCCCCGGCUCCGGUUCCACCCCGGCUCUGGCUCUGGCUCCACCCCCGGCUCUGGCUCUGGCUCUACCCCCGGCUCUGGCUCUGGCUCCACUCCCGGCUCCGGCUCUACUCCUGGCUCCGGCUCCGGCUCUACUCCUGGCUCCGGCUCCGGCUCUACUCCGGGCUCCGGCUCCGGCUCCACUCCGGGCUCUGGUUCUGGUUCCACCCCCGGCUCUGGCUCCACCCCCGGCUCCGGCUCCGCCCCUGGCUCCGGCUCCGCCCCGGGCUCCGCACUACCUCGAUCUCUGUGUGGUCUGCGACUCCGGCUACGUCCUCCAUGCUGAGGUGUCUCCGACGGAUCUGACCACCGAGUGUGUGGCUUCCGCCACCGGGGCCUGCCCUGCUGGCACCACCAAGGGUAUGUUGUUUGAUAUCCCCGGGAAGGCCGACCAGGCUGCCUGCAUGUCUCUGGUCAUGGGCGUCCAGCCGGACCCGCGCUGCGUUACUGGCGGCUACUCCAUGGCCAGCGAGACCCCUCUCUGCUUCGAGUGUGUCCUCGGCUCGACCAUCGCGGGCUCUGCCGUCAAGUGCAGCGAGCCCGUCUGCGAGGGGCUCCUCCCGGCUGACCCGGCCAAUGCUGGCUCCUGUGCCGACUGCCGGUCGCUCCAGGCCUCGGGCUGCAGCACGGCCGAGAUUGAUGCCUCCGGCGCCUGUAUCUGUGCCGAGUGCGAUGCCUCCCUGAUCACCGCUCUGCGCCCUGGUCAUGCCGAUGUCACUUGUGCCCAAACUUGCGACGAGAAUGCCCUCAUGGUGCCAGUCUUCAUUCCCUCGCCGGGCUCCGGCUCUGGCUCCGCCCCUGGCUCCGGCUCCGCUCCGGGCUCCGGCUCUACUCCGGGCUCCGGCUCUGCUCCGGGCUCCGGCUCUGCUCCGGGCUCCGGUUCUGGUUCCACCCCGGCCUCCGGCUCCGACUCCACUCCGGGCUCUGGCUCCACUCCGGGCUCUGGCUCUGGCUCCACUCCGGGCUCUGGCUCUGGCUCCACUCCGGGCUCUGGCUCUGGCUCCACUCCGGGCUCUGGCUCCGGCUCCACUCCGGGCUCCGGCUCCGGUUCUACCCCUGGUUCCGAUUCCGGUUCCACUCCGGGCUCCGCCCGGCUCUGGCUCUGGCUCCACCCCCGGCUCUGGUUCCGGUUCCGCUCCGGGCUCUGGUUCCGGUUCCACCCCCGGCUCUGGUUCCGGUUCCACCCCCGGCUCUGGCUCCGGCUCCGCCCCUGGCUCCGGCUCCGCUCCGGGCUCCGGUUCUACCCCCGGCUCCGGUUCUACCCCCGGCUCCGGCUCCGCUCCUGGCUCUGCACUGCCCUUGCCGGCCAAAACUGCGCCACCGCCUCCGCCACUCUGGACUCCACUUCCGGUGACUUCGUUUGCUCGUGUGCCUCCUGCCAGGAUGGCUUCCUCCUGCAGGACGGUGCCUGUGUGGUUGCCUGCGCGCCGACUCACUUCCGCCCCAUGAAUGUGGCUGCCUGUGUCCCCUGUGCUGGCACCAUUGACUCCUGUGACGAGGCCCAGGCCACCUCCUCGGGCAAUGCCUGCGAGUGCACCAAGUGCCAGGCUGACUACUUCCGGGAGGAGGGUGCCUGCGUGUUGGCCUGCUCGUCUGGCUUCAAGUCCGAGGCUGAUCUUUGCGUUGUUGCCUCUCGCGGCCUGUCCACCUCGGCCAUCAUUGGCAUCGCCUUCGGCGCGGCCAUUGGUGUCAUGAUCAUCCUGGUCAUCUCGGUCUUCAUCAUCCGUAGCUCUCGGAACAAGAAGUCCGGCCGCGAUGGCCUCGGCUCCUUCCAGAUGAACGCCGUUGUCAUUGACUAA